AUGCCAUCCCCAGACAGCCGCUGUCCCCGACACCCGGGACAGCCCGUCCUCAGUUCGCAGAGCUGGAAUCGGCGUGUCCGCACUCACGGCACCCUGCAGACAGAUCCAUUUACCUCGUGUGUGCAGGGUGCCGACAGCUCCCUGGUUGCUGCGACACACGCAGCCUAUUCCCAGGAUCCAAGCAAGGGACUGUGUCUUUUCUUACAGGAAACAGUAACGGUGGCCGUGCUGGAUCACUUGGAGCACCUAGCGCUCGUUGAUUUCCGCAACGCAGAGGGCGUAGAGCGGCUGCAGAAAGCAAUCCAGUUUGCUGAUCAGCUUCAUGAGGUAAACACAGAGGGAAUACAACCAAUGGAUUCAGUACUAGAAGACAGGUGUCUGUAUCUCAGAGAAGAUGAUGUUACAGAAGGCAACUGCACAAAGGAGCUGCUGAAAAAUGCCAGAGAAAAAAUAGAGGAAUAUUUUGUAGCCCCACCAGGUAACAUCCCUUUACCAAAGUUAGAAGAAAGAGACACUUUUCUGCAGGGAUCUUAAUGAAAGCCAAGAACCAGAACGCCAUUUCAGUAGUUUAUUUGGGAAAACAAGGGUUUGUGCAGCCACAGCUGAAAUACUCUAGUGGAUAUUUUUAUCAAAAGAGCACUUGUACUACCACAUUUUUACACCUUCCUUCUGUAAAUUAUCUUGCUAUUGAAAUAUAUUCACUGUUCAUGAAGCUGAAAGGCAGCAUGAAAUCUAGACAAAUGUCCUUUGUGCUUUUAUUUAUUAAAGCGUGUCCAUGUGUCCAUGUUAA